UUUAUCUGCUUGCGAAUGCAGUGACCGCGAAACCACAGCACACCGUUGGCCUUCCUGUCCCUCAAGUCACUUCCCAGGAAAACCCAAGAUGCUGAAGGGACUUUCCUCACACACGCGGCUUCACACAUACUCAAAGAUCCUCCAGAGACUUUCCGGCAGUUGGAAAUCGCCAUUAUCCAGCCGGAAUUCGAGCAGAACGCCGCCAAAUGACGGUCCCGCAGCGCCUCCAACUCGGCCAAAAGGAGACGUCAUCUUUGGCGCCGCUUGUGCCGGAUACACGACCUUUUUACUCCUGGUGGCCGGGCGACUCGUUCACACCCUUCGGAAGAGGAGAGAGGAAGGGCGGCGCCUCGCGAUGGCCGGGCACGUGGCGGAGGCAGGCGGCGACGCCCCCUCGGCCUGGGUCGCGGCGCCGGGCAGGAAAGCGAGCAGCUCGCUCCUCUGGAUCGAAAGCUUUGGCGGCGAGGUCAAGGUCUUUGAGCUGGUCGUCGAGGGCUCCCAAGAGGGGUCGUGGGAAAAGGAGAGCAAACGCUGGAUUGAAACGAGGGGAACAAAGGAAGAUAUGGCGAUAGUCGAAGGAGCGAGUGGAGGCGACCAUUCAGCGAGAUCCUCAGUAGCAGCGGCUCCUCCUGAAGGGUCGUCGGCCUCGAAGGAUCUCAGGGCCUCCUCUUCCAGGGAGAAGGAAUGCCGGCCGCUCGACUCCUCCGCGACCGCCGAUUGGCCUCCGGAAAGGGUGCCCGUUCCCGAAGGAGGCGCUGCAGGAGAAGAACUUGCUUUGGAGAAGGAGCAAGCGGAUCGUAACGAAGGUGAGUCCACUUUGUUCUUAUUUUUAUUCACUUUAAUUUUUUUUUCUCCUUUCCUUCUUCUUUUCUUUCUUCACCUUCCUCGCCUCAGUCUUCGUAUUUCCCAUCACAUAUUUCUCUCUUAUUCACGUGUCCUUCCUUUCAUUCUUCUCCGUCUUCGUUUUCAUUUCUCUUCGUUUCUUCUUCUGCUCUUUCAUCGUCCCCCUCGACCUGUUAUCUUAACUUUCUCCUCUUCUUUUCCUAUUCAUCUUCUGAUAUUAAACAUUUUUUUCAUCCUCCUUGUUUUACGUUGA